AUGACUGCGGAGCAAGCGCUGCCCCUGGGCAACGGGAAGGCGGCCGAGGAGGCGCGGGGGUCCGAGGCGCAGGGCAGCGGCGGCGGGGGCGCGGCGGGGACGCGCGAGGCGCGCGACAAGGCUGUCCAUGAGCGCGGCCACUGGAACAACAAGGUGGAGUUCGUGUUGAGCGUAGCGGGAGAGAUCAUCGGGCUGGGCAACGUGUGGCGCUUCCCCUACCUGUGCUACAAGAACGGCGGAGGGGCAUUCCUGAUUCCUUACGUGGUGUUUUUCAUCUGCUGUGGAAUCCCGGUCUUCUUCCUGGAAACAGCUCUGGGGCAGUUCACAAGUGAGGGCGGCAUCACAUGCUGGAGGAGAGUCUGCCCUUUAUUUGAAGGCAUUGGCUAUGCAACGCAGGUGAUCGAGGCGCACCUCAAUGUCUACUACAUCAUCAUCCUGGCGUGGGCCAUCUUCUACCUAAGCAAUUGCUUCACCACCGAGCUCCCCUGGGCCACCUGUGGGCACGAGUGGAACACAGAGAAAUGUGUGGAGUUUCAGAAGCUGAACUUCAGCAACUACAGUCAUGUGUCCCUGCAGAACGCCACCUCCCCGGUCAUGGAGUUCUGGGAACGCCGGGUCUUGGCUAUAUCCGAUGGCAUCGAGCACAUUGGGAACCUCCGAUGGGAGCUGGCACUGUGUCUCCUGGCUGCCUGGACCAUCUGCUACUUCUGCAUCUGGAAGGGUACUAAGUCGACUGGAAAGGUCGUGUAUGUCACUGCGACCUUCCCCUACAUCAUGCUGCUGAUCCUCCUGAUCCGAGGGGUGACAUUGCCAGGCGCCUCUGAAGGCAUCAAGUUCUAUCUGUACCCUGACCUCUCCCGGCUCUCUGAUCCACAGGUGUGGGUGGACGCUGGAACACAGAUCUUUUUCUCCUAUGCCAUCUGCCUGGGCUGCCUGACCGCUCUGGGGAGUUACAACAACUAUAACAACAACUGCUACAGGGACUGUAUCAUGCUCUGCUGUCUAAACAGUGGCACCAGCUUCGUGGCGGGGUUCGCCAUCUUCUCAGUCCUGGGCUUCAUGGCGUACGAGCAGGGCGUGCCUAUUGCUGAAGUAGCAGAAUCAGGUCCUGGACUGGCUUUUAUCGCCUACCCCAAGGCUGUCACUAUGAUGCCCCUCUCCCCAUUGUGGGCCACCUUGUUCUUCAUGAUGCUCAUCUUCCUGGGCCUGGACAGUCAGUUUGUGUGCGUGGAGAGCCUCGUGACAGCGGUGGUAGACAUGUACCCCAAAGUCUUCCGGCGGGGCUACCGGCGAGAACUGCUCAUCCUGGCCCUGUCCAUCAUCUCCUAUUUCCUAGGCCUGGUGAUGCUGACAGAGGGAGGCAUGUACAUUUUCCAGCUUUUCGACUCAUACGCCGCCAGUGGCAUGUGCUUGCUGUUCGUGGCCAUCUUUGAGUGUGUCUGCAUCGGCUGGGUGUAUGGAAGCAACCGGUUCUACGACAAUAUUGAAGACAUGAUUGGUUACCGGCCACUGUCACUCAUCAAGUGGUGCUGGAAAGUCGUGACCCCUGGCAUCUGUGCGGGCAUCUUCAUCUUCUUUCUGGUCAAGUACAAGCCGCUCAAGUACAACAAUGUGUACACGUACCCCGCGUGGGGCUACGGCAUCGGCUGGCUCAUGGCCCUGUCCUCCAUGCUCUGUAUCCCGCUCUGGAUCUUCAUCAAGCUGUGGAAGACAGAGGGCACGCUACCCGAGAAAUUACAGAAGUUGACAGUCCCCAGCGCCGAUCUGAAAAUGAGGGGCAAGCUUGGGGCCAGCCCACGGACGGUGACCGUUAAUGACUGUGAGGCCAAGGUCAAGGGCGACGGCACCAUCUCUGCCAUCACAGAGAAGGAGACACACUUCUGA